AUGGAUUAUAAUUCGCCCCUUCGACACACCCACGCACUCGCUUUGGCGUCAUCCCAGCAGACGUCCCAAUUUUUGCGCCAAAAUGCGUCCGUCGGCGCAUCGAGAAUACCAAUCCCAUUCUUCGCAAGUCCUGAAUCUACAGAAAUUUGGAUGGAGCAUGAAAAGCUACUUCUUUCAUGUCUCCGGACUGGCGACGACAAAGCCGCAUUCCUCUGCCUGGAGAAGCUCAUCUCUCGUUUUGGGUCUACAAAUGAAAAGGUCAUGGGUUUAAGAGGCUUAUAUCAGGAAGCAGUCGCAGAAGAUGAGGCAGCAUUGGAAAGGGUUCGGCAGGAGUAUGACGAAAUUCUGGCAACGAACCCAACGAACAUUCCAAUCACCAAACGCAGGAUUGCUCUACUGCGUUCCCUCAACCGCCCAAGUGAGGCAGUCGACAGCCUGACAGAGCUACUCGAAUUCAGUCCCACAGAUAUAGAAGCUUGGAGUGAGCUUGCCGACCUCUAUAUCUCGCAAGGGCUUUUCUCUCAAGCUAUCUAUUGCCUUGAAGAGGUACUUCUGUUAGCUCCCAACGCGUGGAAUCUUCAAGCACGCUUGGGUGAAGCUCUUUCAAUGCUAGCCUUCAGCAACAAUGACGAUCGGGCUACGCUCACGGAGUCUCUACGCCGAUUUUGUCGAAGCGUAGAGCUCUGUGACGGCUACGUUCGCGGAUAUUAUGGAGUAAAGUUGGUGACGAACAAACUUCUGUCCGGUCUUGAUGCGAGUCCAUCUAUUUCGUCCCCGCCUACGGAGACUCUUCGGAGGCUGAACGAAACGGCCACUCUCGAGCUGACGGGGACGGUCCGACGUGGUACGGUUACAGGCUAUGACCGUGCUGAAGUUGCGGCCGUCCGAGCGCUUCUCGACGAGAAGACCAAAUCAAAGGUCAGGUACAAUAUCAUUAUCGAUCAUACAACUACCGAUCGAGGCGACCAGUCUUCCCGCUCCUCCUCCUUCGGCGACGACGGCGAAAGCUCUGGGGACACCGGCGUGCAUUUAUCAAACUCUCAUUCGCCACAUUCUCCCCACUCUGCAGUUGAUAGCCACGACCCAAACGAAGAAGGCAGCUGGGUUGUAUACCCUGACGAAAUCGGACCCUCCGACUCUGCCUCACGUCCUCAUACAUCGAAUCGCGAACGUCCAAUUGUUGAGGCUCCUCAGCCAGAGGAAGCUGCCCGCCGCCCUCAAUAUCGGCGGCGUAUUACAAACGAGCGGGUACGAAACGCCCCUCAUAGGGCUCGACGAUCUCCACCACCGACAGAAUCGGAGACCGUGGACUCCCACGACGAUUGGCAGGCCUAUGGCCGUGGCCCCUCACACCACUAUGGUCGGCCAUAUACACACUACUCUUCGGGUUACGCUCCGUCACAUUAUCAAAGCUAUCCACAGCAGAGUUUGGUUCCCGUCGGCCAACAGCAGGUGGUACCCUAUGGCUUUGCACCUUACCAGGCCUCCCCAGGAGUGCCAGCGCCUAACUACUUUGCACAGCAGCCACAUCAUGGAGCUCCACCCAUGAUCGCCUCACCAGGAGCUCAACCAUACAGCCCUUCUGCCGCACCUUACUACCACUAUCCGCCUCAAGGCUACCCUAUGCCUCAGCAGAUGCCCUCUCACCCAAUAUAUCCACAGUUUUACCCUGUACCUUCACCCGCCCCCGUGAACACACCUCCUCCUUCCUCCGAAACUUCGAACAAGGACGAUGAAAAGUUUGCGCGACUUGAGAAGAUGUUAUUGGACCAGAAGGAGGAAGCCGCCUCGAAAGAGGCGGCUAUAGCAAAAGCCGCCGCAGACAAGGCCGCGCAAGAAGAAGCAGACGCCAAAAAAGCGGCAGAGAUCAAGGUCGCCACAGAAGCAGCAGCUGCUGCUGCAAAAGAAGAGGCCGAAAAAGAGCACCAAGCCGCAGAGGAGAAGAAGGCUGCUGAGGCCAAAGCGGCUGCCGAAGCUGAUGCAGCUGCUGCAGCGGCAGCGGCGGCAGCUGCACCUCCAAAGGAAAAAGAUAAGCCUAUUAAGUUUCGAGAUGCUGUAGGCCGCAAAUUCAGUUUUCCGUUCCACCUUUGCGCCACCUGGUCGGGUAUGGAAUUUCUCAUCAAGGAAGCAUUCAUGCACAUUGAGGGACUUGGACCUCAUGUUGCUGAAGGUCAUUACGACCUUUUGGGGCCGCACGGGGAAAUCAUCAUGCCGCACGUCUGGGAGACUGUCGUCGAGCCCGACUGGACCGUUACCAUGCACAUGUGGCCCAUGACCGAAGAGAAGGAAGAGGAAGCUCCAGCGGAGGCCGUUGCUGAUGAAAUUGUUGCUGUCGAAGAUGAAGGUGUGCCUCCCCCACCACCUCCUGCACCGAUCGCGCCCGGAAGUGCGCUCACUGAGGGUGUGCCAACCCUUAAAGGUGCCGUCUAUAAAAUAUAG